AUGUUAGAUUCGGCAACAACCUGCGACUUCAAACUGGAGACUAAGAAUCUUGGAGAUUCUGGAUUUGCGGAAUUAGAAAAUUGUUGUGAAAUGAAAUCAACACACCUGAAUGUUUCCCACCUGCUCAAUGCAGUAGACAGUGAAAUGACAGUGGGCAGCGAAAAAGGAGACCCAACAGAAAGACAAUUACACGUAAAGCUCGAAGAUAAGGAACUAUGGGGAAAAUUCAAGGAGUUCACAAACGAAAUGAUCGUCACCAAAAAUGGCAGACGAAUGUUUCCGGUUUUCCGAGUAACCAUUUCCGGCUUGGACCCCAAUGCUAUGUACACGGUCCUGUUAGAUUUUACCCAAGUGGACAGUCACAGGUGGAAAUAUGUGAACGGUGACUGGGUCGCGGGGGGUAAAGCCGAGCCAGCCGCUCCCAACUGUGUAUACAUCCAUCCCGACUCGCCAAACUUCGGCGCUCACUGGAUGAAGGAGACAGUAACUUUUAGCAAGGUUAAACUCACCAACAAACUCAACGGCGGUGGACAGAUAAUGCUGAACUCUCUACACAAGUACGAGCCUCGUGUACACAUCGUCAAGGUGAACAACUCUCAGAAGAAGAGGAUAACAAGCUUCAGUUUCCCAGAGACACAAUUUAUUGCUGUGACAGCCUAUCAGAAUGAAGAGAUCACUGCCUUGAAAAUAAAGCACAAUCCUUUCGCCAAGGCCUUCCUGGACGCCAAAGAACGGCCAGACCAGAAAGAAUUCUCUGAUGACCCUUUGGAAGGCCAGCGGUCACUCUCGCAUUUGGCGAGCACGUGGUAUAUACCUCCGGGAGGCCACUCCUUGGUCCCUCCGCCUGCGCACCAGUUUCCCAACGCAAUCAACCUGUCUAACGCCCAUUGUGACCGCCUCAGUCUCCGACAGGCACGUACCUCGCCAUACCCUCAUCCUUACCAACGGCGGUCGCCCCCUCACGGAGGCUACCCAAGAGACGUUACCAGCAAUAUACCUGUUCUUAACAUAGCCGACAACUGGCCACAUAUGUCUACCGGAAGUCAUGGAAUGUUGGGACAGUCGAGUACAACAGCACCGCAAUCACAGUACGGCGUGUGGCCAAUGGGUGGGCCCAUCAGUAAUCUAUCACCCAAUCAGAACUGUGCAAUGCCGUACCUGCGCUCAAGCGCUCCCUACACGUUAUGCAAUAGUACGACAACGAUUUCCAGUGUACCGAAUGUGACUCUAUCAAACUCAGUGCCUACGUCAUCGUUUGAAACCUGUGACAUUUCCCCUUUCUCAUCAAAUCGUGAUGUUUUCAAGAACAAUGCGUGGGGACCUCUGUCUCCUCCACCGAUCUAA